AUGCUAUCAGCUGGUAGGCCUUUUGAACAUCCGAAGAAUGCUCGUCAAAUUAAAGCAACAAGUAUGACCAGGAAUUCAAAUAAACUUAAGAAAGAAAACCUUGUUUUUGGAAGUUUAUAUGUUUUGUUGAAGUGUGGCUAUGUACUCGACUUACAGAAGCCGUCAAAGAAGACUGAACACAUUCAUGAAGUCAAACUCUUGCUAAUCCAAGAUGUAACGGGGCAAGUAGUUUGGGACCGAGAAGUUGUGAGUCAGUCACGGGACGUGACGAAAGCAAUAAACGACUUUGUUUCUGCUCUUACAAACAAGGGGAAAAAGACUGUAGAUUCAAGAAAGGACAGAAAAAAAGAUGAUCUAAUCUUUGCUUUUAUGCUGGAUAAAAUAGCCAACAUUUUAGAGAGCAUAGGAUACGCCACUUUGAGAGCAAAGGGAAAAAGAUCGACUUAUGACUCGCUCAACAAUUGGAAGAAACAAUACAUCAACACAAUCAAGAUGAACGACGAAGUGUUGUUCUCAGAAAAAUGGCUGUUGGAGGAAGGCGCCAAGUUUCAUAAUUUAGUAUAUAGUUAUAUGUACAACGAACCAUUGCCGACUCCUGAUAGUUACGAAAUAUUGAUGAAUACAAAUGACACCAAAAAGUGUGGAAAAUACACAUUUUUUCUGAACCCAAGCUUUUUCGACCAAAAAAUAUCACUAACCCAACAGGAUUUCAUAGAAAAAACUCCAGAUGAUACUUCAUUGAUUGUCCGUGACUUGACCCCUAAACCAACCACAGGGGUCAAGUCAUGGACAACCGGUGAAGAGUCACAAAUUUAUCAUAUUAAUGAACAAUCAGUGGAAAUGUGUGACUUUAAUAAUUCGGUUCAAAACACCAUGUCACAACAACAAGUGCAGGAUUCAAAAGUGCACCAAACAGAAGAACAAGAAAAAUCAACAUUUAAUUGUUAUGAAUUAAAUGACACAGACCACCCACAAGAAAUAAAAAUAGAACAUAAAUCCGACAUAAAUAGAGAAGAAUGUUUUUCAACUCAUUAUGACAAUUCUCAUACACAACCAAUUUUCUUUUUUGGUUAUGGAGAAUCCAUAGAGGACCCUAUAAAUAAUGGCUUUACCCAAACAUAUCCAAAUCAUUGUUAA